AUGUCUCAUCAUCCAAAAUGUUUUAUUAACAAGUCGCCUACAAUGAAAUCCCCCAUCCCCAAGCUUAAAUGCAAUUGUCCCCGUCCCAGCAACAAACUCUCAGCUCCGGAAGCAGUGGAAAUGAUCUUGUCUAGAAUUACCGAAGAAGUAAUCUGGACAGGAUACGAUCCAGCGAUUCAAGAGAAGAUCUGGAAGUUGCGUGUUAUCACUCCUAGGAAGGCACUCCUUAUCAGCAACCCGAGCGAUUCUACAAUCGUCAACGAAGAGGAAAACUCCAGAAUCCCCAGCAAAUCGGAUUAG